AUGCUGGCCGGCACCAAGGGGCCGAACCUCGCCAUGACGCCCGCCCGGGCUGGGAGUGUCGCGGACAGCGACGCGGAGUCGCCCAUGGACCGCAGCGCGACGAGUAGCCCGACGAACCUCGGGAAGAAGGCACCGCUCAUGCUCGGUUCGAUGCUCUCGCCAGCAGAGCGCGCUGCCCUGCAAGAACGGUACUACGGCGAGCCCGGCAUGGACGACGGACCGCCCGAGCUGAAGCCUCUCAGCAGCUCCAUCGCGAACGCGGACCCGGCCAAGGGCAAGCUGUACCGCGCGACGUGGGGCUUUCGGAUCCCGUCCGGGGCGCUGUCGGGCGUGAUGUCGUGGGACGACCGCGUCGCUGCGGUGGCGUCCCGCGACGGCACGGUCACGACCUUCGCGGCCGACAAGGGCAACGUGAUCCGCACGAUCCGCUUGCCGGGCGCGAACAAGGGCGACGAGCCCCCGGCGUGCACGUGCCUGCGGUUCCGGCCCGAGGUGAACAAUCCGCCGACGAAGAACGUGGUCGCGGUCGGGCGGGCCAACAAGGUGACGUACGUGCACACGACGACGGGGCGCGUGCUGACGGACAUUGCGGAGGUCGACAACAGCGUGCUGGCGGUGGAGUUCGACCCGACCGGGUCGAAGCUCGCGACCGCCGGGACGGACCGCACGGUCCGGGUGUACGACGACGCGCGCCGGACCGUGGAGACGGAGCUCGCGAACUCGGACAACGGAAAAGGACACUCCAACAACGUGUUUGCGCUGUCGUGGGACCCGCGGAACCCCGCGCUCGUGGUGUCGGCCGGGUGGGACAACACGAUGCUCCUGUGGGACAUCCGGACCCCCGCGGCCCGCAACGGCCCCGUGCAGAACAUGUUCGGGGUGUAUUGCUGCGGGCCCGACGGGGUGCAGUUCACCGAGCAGUCGACGGUGCUCGCGGCGUCGUGGCGCAAGCACCAUCCGCUGCAGGUGUGGGACCUGCGCAAGGGGCAGCUCGUGACGAACUUCGUCCUCACGAGCUCGAAACAUGGAGAGGAGAGCGUCAAGGCAUACGCGGCGCGCUGGGGGCAGCCGGGGAGCGGGUGCGCCAAGGUCAUGGCGGCGGGCGGCGGCGGGGAGGACCUGCGGCUCGCGCGGAUCUUCCACAAGGACGGGUUCUGCCACGGAACCUUCCCGACCAUGUCGCCAGUGCUGUCGAUCGCGCUCAGCAAGGGCCCGACCGGCAAGCGCAUGCUCGUGUGCUCGGACGCGGAGGUUGCGAUGCUCGAGCUCGACAUCUGA